GUUUGACUCAUUCCGGAAGUGUAAACUAGCAGUGAGAGAUUGAGAAAGUUUGCUGCGUCUCCGUGGCUCUUUGCUUCUUUCAGAAUGCAAGAUCUUCAGGAUAUCUCCAAUGCUAUAUCAGAGUUACAGUCUGAAGCCAUCACUGAUAUUGGCGUGCUGGCAUCCAAGAAAGAGCCUCCAGCAGAUUACAAUGUUAUUGGACAAACAACAGAUGGCUUCGACGCCAACCUGUGGAAGGACAGCAUAUUCAAAUCCAAGGUCACACGCCACCUCUGCUUCACCAAAAAUAAGCAAUUAUGCCAAGUGGUCGUGGACAUGAAGUUGAUGGACCUGAAGGAAUGUCUGCCCGAGGGCUUCACUUCGAUUCAAGACACCAUGGAUAGCCAUGAACAAGCUUUAAGGAAGGAAAGAUUGUGUGUGAAGUUGGUGCCCAGACACACUACUGAAAUGGCUAUAUGUGAUGUUAUCAUACAGGGAAAAUCCAAACACGGUCUUGCUAGUUACACCUACAUAGGAGAGCUGAAUGGUUUGGGGAUUUGGUGUCAGCUGGGAAAAAUCACAAAGUUGAAGAACGCAACAAACAAGACAAUGCCCGCCUCAACAACCACUUGUAAUGUUGGCAGACAGGUUUGUGAGUCUUUGGCCUCCAGUCCUACCAAAAAGAACCUAGUCAGGCCAGAUUAUGAACACCACAUCAACAACAUCUACACCAAAUCAGUACGGUUCAGUGUCCCUUUCCAAGCACGCCCUACCUCCUGCUCCAGCAUGCCAUGGAUGAUAUACCGUUUACGAUCUCAAAUAAACAUGUCUCCAGAUCCAGAGAUGAAAUACAGCCUAUCAAUUUAAUGGGCAUUAUCAUCAAGUCACCACAAGAGAUCGAGGAGGAAUACAAUUAUUCUUUCAACACUGAACACAGUUCUGCAGCCUUCUGAUGGACUCCGUCUGACAUCAUCAAUGUGUAAUCAGCCUGUUUUAUGUCAUCUAACCAACAAUCUGAAGAUUACUGUCUAUGUAUACCUUAACAUGAAGUCAAAAUACAUUUACAUUAAGUCAUUUAACAGAUGCUUUUAUCCAAGGGACUUACAAAAUAAAAAAUAAAUAAAUGUUGCUUUCUUAAUAAAUAAUACAUGUAACAUCUGA